AUGAAUAUGAAUAAUCAUUUAUCAACAAUAGAAUCAUUACCGAAUGAAAUUCUAAUGGGCCUAUACGAAUAUUUCGAUGGUCGAGAAUUAUAUAAUAUUUUUUAUAAUCUCAAUUCUCGUUUUAACUCACUUCUUCGAUCAGUUCGACAUCUUUCACUUUAUUAUCAAGCGCCAUUCGAUAAUUUAAUUGAUUGCCAUACGAUUUAUUCAUCUCAAAUUCAUGCACUUAACAUUUAUUCAAAACAAAAUUUGAAACUUGAUCAAUUUUUUAAUGUGCAUCGUCUUACUCUAUGGUUUCCAACUGACGAACAAAUCUUUCAAAUAGAUGCAAAAUCUUUUCCACGUCUUGAAUAUCUUUCUGUAUCUUAUACGGUUUCAAAGCCUUCAAUAUGUUCUUUGUAUGAAAAAAUAUUUUCAAAUGAUUUUUCUCUAUUGAAAUCUUGUUUUCUAUCGGGCAAUGAAUCUCCAACACAAGCCAGCAAAUGGACACAAUCACCAAAUUUAAAAUAUUUACAUACAACAUCUAUUAAUCCAUCAGUUCUAAUUGCUUGUCCUAAUUUGUAUGCUUUAAAUUUAAUAUUGCCUACAUUGCAUGACAUAUCACCGAAUCUCAUCAUUCAUUUAAAUCUUAAACGAUUGAAACUCAUUCUGACUAGUAUUGUUUGGUUUGAAGAUGAGAAAAAAUUCGAAGUUCUGUUUUCAGCAAUGCCAAAUAUUCAUAGAUUAUCUUUACAUAAAUUAUUUUCAAUUAUAAAUCCAAUUGAUUUACUUCUCAAUUAUGAUUGGUUAUCAACAGUUAUUAUUCGAUGUUUACCAUUAUUAAAAGAAUUUAUUUAUCAUGUUUACAUUUUUAAUUUAUUUAAUCUUGAUCAGUUGGACAUCGAUAGAAGUCUUCCUGAAAUUAAAGAAAAUUUUUCUAAAAUGUAUCAAAAUCAAUCCGAAUAUUUUCUUAAAAUAAAACCAUAUAAUACAUAG